UAUGUGAAGUUCAAUAAGAAUAUGCUAGAUGAUUCGAGAUGGGUUUUUAAUACUCUUCGUAUAUUCAUCUUCGAUUGUCAUAUUACGAGUUCAAUUUUACUCAUGUAUUGUUGAGAAUGCAUGUAUAGAGUUAGUGAUCAAUUUCAGAGAUAUCUAGUAUGAAAUUAGUUGGUAUUUGACAAAUUAACAUGAAUAUGCAGGGGUUAAGUAGAUAUUACUAUUUUCGAAGAUCGACCUAACUAGUGAUGGACAACCAUUUGAUUUAGCGCUAAAUGAGCCUCCUUAUAAACCGAUACACACUCAUUCACAUAUUAUAUUUAUUGACGGGUCUUCUCUAACACUAGACAAACUACAAACACCUUCACUAAUGCCCUUGCUACGGAACAAAUCCAAAUCCAUUUUAAAACCUUCUUUCUUUCAUAGACAAAUCUCCGAGUGAUUACCAUAAAUAGGUAGUACUCUACUCGCAAAGUCUUUUAUGGUGUGUUGGUGGGUAUGGUUUGGAAUGAGCGAUUGUAGUUUCUUUGGUGACCACCGUGAUAGAUCCAGAGAAGUGUUUAAGAAGCAGUUUUGCUCAAAGAUUUGUUACUUCUUUUUUUUUAUGGGUGAUCGAUAUAGGUUGUAAUUGUGACUACUGUGGUGAUGUAGUGUAUUCUCGUUGUUUACUCAGUUGGAGUUGUAUCGAUCCUUGGAUCCCCGUACUUUUGAUGUCCCCUGAUUUGAUAAAAAAAAGAGUUUAGUAAAAUUCACCACUCUUCAUUAAACAAAGCCCCUUCUGCUCUAAAAACCAAUUUCAAGUUUUGUAAAUUACUAUAACUUUAAUUGCUUUUAAUCUCCAUCCAUUAAUAUUCAUUCUAAAAUCCCAAUUUUACCACUCAUUAAAAUUAGUAUUAGUUGAGGUAUGAAGAAGCUAAAAGGGUGGGAAGUGAGAGAGAAGAAAAGAGAUUGAAAUCAAACCAACUUUUAACACCAACCCCUCUCUCUCUCUCUCUCUCUCUCUCCCCCACUGUACACAUUCAACCACCAUAUUCGGUGUGUGGGAUCUUGUGGAGAUUGGGAUAAAGAAAAAAUUUGCAAAGGAGCAGCUGACAGAACCACAAUAUAUACAGUUGUCAAGAUUAAACAAAAAAACAGACCAAUCUCUGUUUCUCAUUGAUCUCUGGGAAAAUGAAGAAGAAGAAGUGGAUUUUGUCUCUCAUCAUAUUUGCUUACACCAUAGAAUCAUUGAUUUUAUUAUUUAUUCUGAAUCCCUCCCUUCAGGCAAGUUGUGGGAACACCUUACCAUUACCCCUUUUCCCAUAUUAUAUUUCCCCAAUUAACAAAAACACUCUUUCCCCACUAUAUAUAUAAGUAGCUUCUCCUUCUCCUCCUUCCACAAAUCAUUCAUUCUUCAAACAUUCACAAAUCUCUCUCCUUUUUGCCCUCUAUCUUCCUUCCUCACAGACUUCUGUCUGUUUUUUUCCUACUCAGGAAGAAGAAGAAGAAGAAGAAGAAGAAGAAGAAGAAGAAGAAGAAGAAGAAGAAGAAGAAGAAAGAAAAGCACUCUCAAGUCUCAUCACUUCUCAAAUCUCGUACUCGUCUUUAAUUUGAACUUCUUCUACCCACUUCCGACCAAAUUCUCAUAAUGGCAAUUGAGCUCGAGCAGCAGCCAAAACCCUCCGCCGGCGCCGUGGAGCUUUCCAAAAUCGCAGUCUCCGAGACCCACGGAGAAGACUCCCCUUACUUCGCCGGGUGGAAGGCCUACGACGAGAACCCGUACGACGAGCUGACCAACCCGACCGGGGUGAUCCAGAUGGGUCUGGCCGAAAACCAGGUCUCCUUCGACCUGCUCGAGGACUUCCUCGAGCACCACUCCGAAGCCGCCACGUGGGGGAAUGGAGCCACGGCCGGGUUCAGGGACAACGCCCUCUUCCAAGACUACCACGGCCUGAAAUCCUUCCGCGGGGCAAUGGCCUCCUUCAUGGAGCAAAUCCGCGGCGGCCGCGCCCGGUUCGACCCGGACCGAAUCGUCCUGACCGCGGGCGCGACCGCGGCCAACGAGCUCCUGACCUUCAUCCUGGCCAACCCGGGCGACGCCCUCCUAAUCCCGACCCCGUACUACCCAGGGUUCGACCGGGACCUGAGGUGGCGGACCGGCGUCCAAAUCGUCCCCAUCCACUGCCACAGCUCCAACAACUUCCAAAUCACCGAAUCCGCCCUCCACGCCGCCUACGACGACGCCGUUUCACGCAACCUCAACGUCCGCGGCGUCCUCAUCACCAACCCUUCCAACCCCUUGGGCGCCACGGUGCAGCGCGCCGCACUGGAGCAGAUCCUCGACUUCGCCGUGGAGAAAAACAUCCACCUCGUGUCCGACGAAAUCUACUCGGGCUCCACCUUCUCGUCCGCCGAGUUCGUCAGCAUUGCCGAGAUCCUCGAGUCCCGCGGCUCCCGCCACGUGGACCGGGAGCGGGUCCACAUCGUGUACAGCCUGUCAAAGGACCUGGGCCUCCCCGGGUUCCGCGUGGGGACCAUCUACUCCUACAACGACGCCGUAGUGACCACCGCCAGAAGGAUGUCGAGCUUCACACUCAUUUCUUCGCAGACGCAGCACCUCCUCGCCUGCAUGCUCUCCGACAAGGAAUUCACCGCCAACUACAUAAAGACCAACAGGGAGCGGCUGAGGAAAAGGUACGACGUGAUCAUCGCCGGGCUGCGUCGCGCCGGGAUCGAGUGCCUACGUGGCAACGCGGGGCUGUUCUGCUGGAUGAACCUCGGUCCGUUGCUCAAGGAGUCGACCAAGGAAGGCGAGCUGGCGCUGUGGAAUCUGAUAGUGAGGGACGUGAGGCUGAAUAUCUCCCCCGGGUCGUCCUGCCAUUGCUCCGAGCCCGGGUGGUUCCGCGUCUGCUUCGCUAACAUGAGCGAGGCGACGCUCGACGUAGCCUUGGAUAGGCUGCACCGGUUUGUCGACGAGUAUCGACGGACCGGAUCGAGCCAGUAAUAUUGGUGGUGGGAAAGAAAAUUUUUUUUUUUUUUGGUGGCCUUUGCUGGGGAAGGUCAUUUUUAUUCUAUUGAUUGAUUGGUUGGUCACAUACCUAUUCUUUGAGGAGAAAAAGAAGGGGAAAAAAUUAAAAAAGAGGAACGAUUUUGUUACAUGAGGAAAAAAAAAAUUAUAAUGUUAAGGGGAGAAAAGGGAAGUGUGUAUACAGUAUACCAAAAAAAAAAAAAGAGUCUGUAAUUUUGGUUUUCUGUGAGGGCGGGAGGGGAUUUUUUUUGCUUGCUCUCGUCGAGCAAGUGGUGUACCUUUUUUCGUUGUCACACAAAGUGGAGUUCAAUUGUUUCUGUCUUGUUAAUGAAAUUUUUUUAUGUUGUCUGUCUCUUGGAUUGUUCUGUUAUGGGUUUCAUGAUCUACCUCGACUCAAAUUGACAGGAGGGUAAAAGGAAAAUGGGUGGAAAUCAUUCUACAAUAGUAUCAUGUAUCGAACACAUAAUAAAGAAUUUCAGUAUCAAUUCGCUAAUCGACGAAUGAGUUUUUACGAUCAGUAAAAGACGAACAUCCUAAUCAAAACAAAAAAUAUGUUAUGGAUGAUGAUGGCAUAGAUUCAGCUUUGAUGCGUCUUGUUUUAUUAAAAAAAAUUCAAUUAUAUUAUCGAACAAAAGAAAUAUACAAAAAAAAAAAUUCACAAGCUAAUCGCUAAUAUAUUCUAAACGAAUUUCGUAUUAAAACGAAUUUCGUGCACAUCAAAUGAAUCACUCUAUUACAACCGUGACCAACACAUCCCUCACCACUAGCUUGUUGAAUCAACUGAUGUGCAAUAUAUAACAAAUUAGAAUUAAAUUACUGAAUCGCAACUUGAAAACUAUCUUAAAAAGCUAUAAGAUUUGAUCGCCGACGCAUGCAAGGCAGGCUAGGAGAGGAUUAAUAUUAAUUAUCAAGUGUCCAUGUCCCUAUUAACCAUCGGAUAGUCACUUUCUCCACCAAAUUAAGGCCUUAAUUAAUUAUUCAGAGUCAAUGAUAUCAAGACAACAACGCAAUUGGUGUAGGAGGUUUGAGUCACAUUUGAGGAUCUUCUGCCGUACUUAGUAGACUCGAGUUUUUCUUACUAUACAAUAAUACAUUUUCUUACUAUACAACGCUAAUCACUAAUCAGGGUUGCGACAGCUUAGAAUUCUUUUUGUCGAGAUAAUUAAUGUGCUUUCCCACCCCUACUCUUGCUUUCAGUUUCAUUACAAAUGUUUUAAAUAGUAAUGACAAUUGACAAUGAAGCGGGUAAACCAAUGGUUGAAUCAUUUGAGGUCAAGUUAGGAUAUUUGCAUUAUCUCGGUUCAAAAAUAUAAACAAAAAAAAAAAUCAAAAUUUAGGGGCAUUUGUUGCUAUCCAAUUUCACUGCAAGUAUUGAACGAGCAGUUACUGCAAUGAACAAAAAGAAGAAACACUACAUAAUAAGAUGAGCGAUGAAAUCAUGAAUAAUUUUUUGGUGGGUAUAUCUUAAUAUCCCUCAUAUGUGUACGAAUCGAUGGAGGUCUUCCAGUUAUUAUAUUACUUUGAGAAAAUAUUUAUUUUUAAUAAUGAAGCAAAGUGAAAUUAGUUCAUAUGGAAAAAUAAAGAUAGUAGGUAGAUUAAUUGAGCCAGUUAUUUGAAAAAUGAAUUCUUACACUCAGGUAAAGAUCAUCGAAAUUUGAGUUGAGAUAUAUCCAAAUAGGAGAGAUAAAAUUAGAUAUCGAGACAAAUCGAGGUACGUAGUACGUGGCAGGACAAGGUUGAAGUAAUACCUAUACCCAGUCCCACACAAUUGCGCUUCAAAUACUAUCUUCCCCAACGUGGGUAAGAUCGGAUAAUACCUCGUGAAAUAGAUUCAAAUUGUCAUCACUAAGAGUAAAUUACUACCAACUUCCCGAGAAAGUAGUGGAUUUGGUAUAAAAAAAAGAGCAAUUAAGAUACAAAAUUUCCGUAAACACCAUAUAUUCUAAUGUUACAUGGGAUUCGAACAACACGAAUUUCGUAUUUAAACGAAACAAGAAAAUCAAUGUAAUGUGAGUCCACGUACGUGUAGUUGCUGAAAUUUGUGUUGUGCGGCGUACAUACAUUGCUUGCAAAACCAUCCUAAAGUUUUGUGGAAAGGGAGUACUAAUUGUCAACUCGAAGAGCACGUUUUUGGCCGGGCUCGUGUACAAUGAGUAGUGCAAGAUAUGUAACGUGUUGACAUACAAACAUGGUUUCGCUUUCACAUUUCUUACCGAUCAGGAACAUGUCCAUUGUCAAAUGACACUUAGCAAUGGUGAUAGGAUAUAAUAUAUACAAUGAAACUUUUUUUUUUCAAUUCACAAGGAUCCAAAAAGUUAACGAGGAAUAAGUGGCCGGACUGCACUUGUAAUUAAAUGCUGGUUAAUAUAUUUGACGCGGCUAAUUACCCAUCAUAGAAUUGGGUGGUUGAAAUCAAUGUGUGUAAGUAGGGUUGGAGGGUCAUUGUAUACAAACGUAUAAUGAUGUAUUGGGUUUGUAUGUAUUGCUUUCUAUAUCUAACACAUCGUGAUUAACAAUACCCAAAAAGUCAAAUGAGAAUAAUACUCUAUCCUUUUUCUAUAUACACAAAAUAGUCAAACAUUUGUGUAAAACUUGUGACAGACGAUAGUGCUAUAUAUAUAUACAUUAGUUACUUUUGUAAGAGUUGACGAACUCGACAGUGAUCAGAUAUUUUGAUCGACAACAAAGUAAAUGUACAAUUUAGGGGUUGAUUGGAUGUGUUUUUACUUUGUACAGCGACGAAUGGUGGUUUAGGGAAAAUCUGAAAUCUAAGAAUUCGAAUGAGCUCUAAAUAUCACCUUGUGUAGGUGCUAUUUUCGAAUUUGUGAUGCUUUGAGAUUUUUUUUAGUCUGUCUUUGCCCAGUUUCUUGCUCUCCAUCUAAGACUUCGUGGAGAAAGGGCUUGGGUGUUGUAGAGACUUUAGAUGCACAAAUUCGACAUUAUUGGCCAAAUGGGUUCGGAUUUAGGAAUGUGUCUUUAUUCAAUGAAAAAUUUGGCUUUAUCGAUUCUAUGGUAAGGGAUGGUAUCUUUAAUUGAAUCAUUUUUCACAAAAAAUGACGCAUAUAUAUAUACUCGUUAGUUAUUAUGACGCCUAAUAGACAAGUAUCGAGUUGUUAACCAGUUUACUUCGAACACACGCAUAUUAAUCAUCGAAGUAAUUAAUACAAAAAAAGGCUUCCAAUAAUAUUGGAUUGCCAUAUCAUACGUGUUAUUAUAUAUAUCCUCUUUUAGCCGUUUCGGCGUGACCUAAUUACCAGCCGCCGGCCGAAAGCAAGCGACUUCAAUCCAACACUUCUUUUCUCUUUAGUCUUUUUUUUUUCCCGACGCACCAAUAUAUGAUCUGGUGAGGUAUGGGUUUAAUAAUUUUCCACGAGAAGUCCAUGCUUUCAUAAUUAACAUCUAAUUAUUGUUUAAUCAUAGAUAAGAUUUGCUGUGUGAUGCUUACAGAUAAUAAUUUAGUUCUUGCCUCUGUUUUCUUCCAUCUUUCUGCUGUUUUUGCGUGCUAUUAUGGGUUUUAAGCUCUCUCGAAUCUAGCUUUGGUCCACCACGUACACGAGUAAACUAAUGGAAGCAGCUAGCUAGUUUAGGAAUGGGCAUGGGCAUGGCAUGCUAAAGAUAGUUUGGAUCUUCAAGAUUAUGAACACUAACCCACUUCAUAAUUGUAUGUUCGAUAACCGGAAAAGUUGACAAACUCAGCUAAUUUAUUUAUCAAAAGAAAAUGGGAAGAUCAGGGUGAUCCCCUACGGAUCGUUUGGUGGUUGCAAAAUCUCAGGACCAACGAUAAAUGAUUGUCGUUAUAGAUGGGGUUUAAUUUUGGAAUUCUCUUGAUUUUAUUUGGAAAGGUUAAAGAUUGCAUACAUAUAUAUAUGAUCAUUGUUGAGUAUGGCCUGUAUCUCUAAGCUAAGGGAGGUUGAGACAUAUGAUUUGUGUCGAAUUAUUUGUCGUCGAGUGGAAGUCAUCACCAGCGUCUCGGUAGAUGAAUUUAUACAUGUUUGGCUUUUUCUUCUCAACCUGACCAGUAAUCUUAUUACUUACUGUAUUAUAUUAGGGAUUAGGCCGUCUGCAGUGGAAGAGCCACUGUUGUAGAAAGUGGGUUCCGGGGUCACGUAUAUAUAUAUAUAUUGGCGUAUUCGGUGCACUCACUUUUUUGGGUGCAUUCAGUGCACUCGCUUCAUAACCGUUAUUUUAAACAUGUGAUUUAUGUCAAAAUGAUGUCAAUCAUCACUAGUGAUGUGAUGAACAAUAACGCACAUGAAUUUGCAUAAAAAUUAUUAAAGAUUUAGUUUAAUUUGAAAGAUUUAGAGCUUAGAGAUUUAGGGUUAGGGUUAGGGUUUACAAUUUGGGGUUUAGGGAUAGAACUCAAAAUUGGAGGUCUAGGGCUUAGGAUAAUCCGCUAAUUAGUUGUUAUCAUAUGUUAUAUCAUCAUAUUACACUAAUUCUACAAAUUAAAAUUCAAAAUCCAACACCUUAAUUAAGACUAGCUUUUGAGUUGGGUGCAUUGAACGCACUCAUUUUUGUGAGUGCACCGAAGUAGUCACCAUAUAUAUAUAUAUAUGGCAAAGGCUAGCGAAUAUGAAAACAAAAUCAAACUUCAUCCUUCAUCUCUCAAAUUAUUAAUUUUGUUCCCUUUCUUCCACAAAAUCCUCCUUCUGUUGAAACUUGAUAGUUUUCUUUUAUCCUAAUAAUGAGUCUCUAACAAUGAUACCUUAGAUUUGGAAUCUCCACUACAUUAUUAUAUAUCUUGGGAAAAUACACUAGAGGUUUUCUAAAACUAAAUGUACUCUUUCUAGAUCAAGGUCAUUGAAGAAAGCAUCUUAUAGUUUUGUUACCAACUUCCAUGGUAAGUGUAGAAAGGACAUUUGCAUUCAGCUAAAUGAAACACACUCAUCAAUAUUGAAUGAGUGAUAAAAUUAUUAAUGAUAG